AUGCCAUCGAAAUUACUCCUGACAGGCGCGACAGGCUUCAUCGGGGGCACUGUGCUGCAUCAGCUACUGAACACAUCUGACCCCGGAAUCAAAUCUCUGUCUAUCACGGCCGUCGUUCGCAAACCCGCUGAUGCGGAUCGACUGGCGAAAGAAGGACUCCAGACUGUUCUUGUGAAUGGCCUUGACGAUGACGAAGCACUCGAACAAGCAGCCAGCAAGCACGACAUCGUGGUGAACGUCGCAACUGGGUUCCACGCCACAUCCACCAAGUCGCUGAUCCGAGGACUCGGAAAAAGACGAGAGCAGACAGGAAAGGACGUCUAUUACCUCCACCUAUCCGGAACAACCUGUGUCUCUGUCCCAGCCACUAGAGAGUCACCGUUUGAGUUACGAGCAUUCUCCGACCGGGACGAAGACAUCUAUGAGUAUGAACUACUCCGCGAAGCCUACGAGCCAUACGCUCAACGAACCGCCGAGGUUGCCGCCAUCGAGACCGGGGAACUCUGCCAGGUCAAGACGUACAUCGUGAUGCCCCCAACUGUCUAUGGCCGUGGUACUGGAUUCUUCCGGACCCAGUCGCACCAGAUUCCAACACUGAUUAGAAAUGCCCUCAAAACUGGAUAUGCUGAGCAUGUCGAGACCGGGGUCGCACGGCUCGGCCAUGUUCACGUGGAGGACCUUGCCCGGCUAUACGCAUUGCUCGUGUCGAAAGUCGUGGAGGGAGCAAGCAUUGUUUCCGGUCGACAUGGCUAUUAUUUUGCAGAUACUGGCUAUCACUUAUGGUCCGAAGUGACCAGCGAAAUCGGCAAGGUCGGCCAUGAACUUGGUGUUUUGAAAUCUCCCAUGCCUAGGGCUAUCAGUCUUGAAGAUGCAGCACACAAGUUUGCUGAUGGUGACGUCAAAUAUGCAGAGGCAUGUUUUGCUUCCAACUCGCAUACUCGAACUGAGAAAGCAUAUGAUUUGGGAUGGCGGCCUGUGAACACCGAGUCUGACUUUGUGAACUCUAUCCGCAUUACAGUGGAGGAUGUAUUGAAGGAACAAGAACAAAAUGCAUAG